AUGCGAAUUGGAUGCUGGAAUGUAACAUCAUUUAAUAAUAAAGACCAAGAAAUUUUACUCGAAAUAAAAAGACACAAAUUAGAUAUAUGCGCCCUUUCGGAGACUAAAAAGAAGGGCAAAGGCAACAGCAAAUAUGGAAACUACAUUCUAAUAUACAACGGCAAGAAUAAAAAUGAAAGAGCAACAUCAGGAGUUGGCUUACUGCUACACGAAAGCUACGAGAACCAAAUCAGAAAUAUAAUAUACGUUAACGACAGAAUACUUCAGGCGACGAUCAACCUACAAAAAUCAAGACCAACGCAUAUAAGUAUCUACGCACCCGACAGCAGCAAAACACAGGCGGAUAUAGAUAUAUUCUAUCAGACAUUACAAACAGUCUUAGACGGUAUACCCAAUCAUGACGGAAUAAUAAUCUUAGGGGAUUUCAAUGCAAGAAUUGGCGAUGAACUUAUUCCUGGUAUCAAAAAUCGAUUUAACGAAGAAACAAUCAAUGAGAGUGAUUACGUUAUUACAAAUAAAAAUAUCCAUCCGACAAGAAUACAGGAUACUAGAUCUCUAACUUCUGCAAAUGCAGGAACAAACCAUCAGCUUGUAAUGGCAAAAAUGCGAACAACCAUUCAACGUUCUUGUAACAAACCUAUCGAAGAAGUAAGCAAAUUGAAUAUAGAAUCCCUAUUAGACAAGUUGACAAAAUACCUUCAUCAACAAAGGCUCAGAGAGAAAAUUGCUGCUAAUAAUAUCCAAAAGACAGAUGACAUCGAAACAGCAUGGACAAAACUAAGAACUAAUAUAAUACAAGCAGCAGAAGGACUGUGGAAGAAGGACUAUAAAAAAAAGACGAAGAAUAAAUACAAAACCGUGGUUUAG